GCAAUUCCGUUGCAGAAAAACCGUUACAAAGGCUGCAUUUCCUCUCAAAUUUCAAUUGCGUGGCAAAAUCUGGUCACCCAAUGAUCAUUUAUAAUUAAUUGUCAAGUGCAUGCAAGCAAAUACCUCAAGAAUCACGAAGGGAAGGCCGUAGUUGCCAAAAUAUCAAUAACGGUCGUUGAGGUCUCACUCAUUAAUAAAUUUGAAAAAAAAGGAGAAAAAAAAAACGCUACUGGAAAGUAUCUCUCAAUCUGCGAAUUCCAUUGUAUAUCUCCGUUUGUUUCUAUGUCAAUGAAAAGAUUUUGCAGGCCUGUGCAAAGAGAUAUGCAACUUAGAAAAGAACUGUUCGCUAAGUCUUCAGCUGUGCAGUUCUUCCGCCGCAGCCUUCGAGGGGCCGGCGCGCCGUCCGCAUGGGCCUCCCUGGACUUUCCUUCAGUCGUGCAUUGCAGCCUUCAGCCUGAAGCACCGAAGACUCGCCCCGCUGCUCCCCCUGUUCUCAUGGGUCCCGGAGAUUCACACGCCUCCGUGCCUCGCUACACUCACCCUCCCGGACAAUGCUACUGGCAAAGCCUACUGCAAUUGCACUGCAACACUUGCCGAUCUCGCGACUGGACUUACCAAGGAUCCUAGCUGAGAUGUUGGGCUCAUUGGCAGCCAAGCAACCAAUCAGACACGCUGGGCCCCCCGUGUGGAGGAAGGCCCGGGCGAAGCUUACUCCUGUAAAUCCCAAUGAAAUGAAAUGAAAAUAAACUAAC